CUCUUUAGUAAGACUACCUAAUCUUAGGCACUUAUGUCGUCUAUUUGGGUUGCAAGUGCCGUAAAAGUCAAACUGAUGAAACGUUGUAGUGUUGUACAUGCUACAGCGCGGUUGGUUAGAGGGUGCCACUGGUAUAGCUUCAUCUUUUAUAUUCCCUCUGUCAUUUCUGUCUGUCUGCUUUUAUUCUUUCCCUGCACUAAACGACCGUUAUCUUAUCAAUGUGCAUCUCGAAUUUUUAUUUUUUUUUGGGAGGGGUGUUAGUAUUUUUUGACUUACAUAACCAAAACUACUAUGUCAACAGUAUCGUAAAACAUCUACCAAACCAAAACCCUAAUUUGUUUCCCUUUUUCUUCUCUCCCCUCCCAUCUUACAGCCAUGGACUCCAACAUAACGCUGUGGCAGUUCCUGCUGGAGCUGUUGCUAAGCAACCAGCACCAGAACAUCAUCCACUGGACCAGCCAGGAGGGCGAGUUCAAGCUGGUCAACGCGGAGGAGGUGGCGCGCCUGUGGGGACUGCGCAAGAACAAACACAACAUGAACUACGACAAGCUGAGCCGUGCUCUGCGCUAUUAUUACGAUAAGAACAUCAUCAAGAAGUCGCUGGGACAGAAGUUUGUCUACAAGUUUGUGUCCUUCCCUGAGAUUGUCAAGACAGAGACCAAAGUGCCUUUUAAGGUGAAAAUGGAGACACUGGCCAAUGAGUACGGCCAGCGCGUGUUGCCGCAUUUUGCCUCGUACAACGCCCACGAGAUCAAAGCCAGCCAGGACGCGGCCCUCAAGUACGCCGUGCACAAGCCCGGCCAGCACCACCUAGGGGGAGACGACUCCUGCCACCGGCCGGGGCUCGGCAAACACCACCCGCUGGACCUGGAGAAGCACUCGGUGAGCUCCGACCUGAUCCUACAGCAGCAGGAGAGAGACCGCGAGCUGAGGGAAAACCGCGACCCUCGCCUUAUGACCUCGCCCAAGUCCCACCACCCCCACCCACACCCUCACUCGCACCACCCCUCGGUGAAUUCUGCGGCUGCUGCAGCGGCGGCGUCAGCGCUGUCCGGCUCGCUGUCGUCCCAC